AGCAUGCCACCUAUCUUCGGAGGGGCUACCUUCCGCGGCAAUUGGCAAGGAACGACCAGUUACUGUGCUGGACCGGUCGUCUCCAGGGCAUUCCAGCACACCCGGUUCUGUGAUCUACACUGUUUCCAAACAUUCCUGGUCCACGCUCAUGUGGCGAGCCCUCAUGGACCGAGGAGCCAAUGGCUGCAUCCUUGGCAAGGAUGUCAGGGUUAUUCACCGCUACGGUCAAUUCAUUGAUCUCAGUGGCAUUGAUGACCAUACAGUUCAGAACCUCCAGCUUGCCACGGCAGCUGCUUACAUCCUCACAGACCAUGGUCCCAUCAUUGGUCUGAUACACCAGGGUGCUGCCAUGUCCCAUGGGAAAACCAUUCUCUCCCCAGGUCAGUUGGAGCAUUUCGGGUGCCGUGUCCAUGACAAGGCCCUGACUGUCACCGGGCUCGACCCCUACUUUGUGACCCCCAAUGGUUUCAGGGUGCCCAUGGCCAUCCAGUCCGGGCUACCCUAUGUCCAACUGCGGCCACCUACUGACCAGGAGCUCAGUGACAGUAGUAUCCCCCAUGUGGACCUCACCAGUCCUCAUGCCUGGGAUCCCUCCUGUCUUGACUCUGUCCCUGCGGAUGACUGGUUCCUUCAGCAGGACAACACCCUCUACGAUGAUGGGGAGUUCCCACUGGACCCUCUUGGGCGACUUCGAGUGUUUGAUGACGACUUCGUUGACCACUCUGACCGCCAGAACCAGUCCAUUGAUCGUCGUGGCAUUAUGGAAGCCAUGGCACACAUCAUCUCAGACGAGAUUGACCUUCCCCCCCUCAUGGAACGAGCAUCCCACGGUUAUGACUCCGACUCUUCGGAUGACAGUGACGGUUAUGCUUCUGAUCCUGAUACUCCAUGGCAAUGCCAUGUACAAACCCGGGCCCAACGCCGGCGCCGGCGCUACCCCCCUCCCACCCCUUUGGCAGCCCCUUUGUUAUCAGGUGCUGGGGAGGAUUGUUCAGGACCACCUUCAACACAAGCUAAGCCAAAGGUUGAGACUGUAUCAGAUGACGAGGACACGGAACCACUUCGGUCCAACAACAAGGCCAAACACCACACCGGUCUUGAGUUCCCACCCAAGUCCAAGAAGAUCAAGACUCAGAGCACAGCCAAACUCAGGAGGUUCUUCCCAGGAGUUACCGAUGAGACUAUCAAGCGAACUCUCGAUGCUACCACCCAGUAUGGAACCAAGGGCGCCACUCAGGGAAGGACACUUAGAGGUCAGAUCGUGUCUCCCAACCCCAUCCUGAAUAUCCCAAGACGACACGAAGACGUAGCCACGGAUACAAUCUAUAGCAGCACGCCAGCUAUUGAUGAUGGAUCCACUGCAGCCCAACUUUUCAUUGGCAGGACCUCCCACUACAGGACACUUCGCCCCGCUGGAAGCUCUGAUGCCAGUUAUAUCAGGAAUCUGAUGGAUGAGAUCAGGAAGCUUGGUGCCAUGAACAGGAUACGGUCCGACAAUGCUAAGGCCCAGUGCAAUCAGAGGGUCAAGGAUAUCUACAGGACCUUUUGCAUCGAUGACUGGCACUCUGAGGCCUACAAGGGCAACCAAAACUUUGCUGAGUUGGGCUGGAGGGAUACGAAAGCAAAGAUCCAAACGCCCUUAUUCAGUUUGAGUUCUACGAACCUGUAUAUUACCAGAAGUACGGUGGUUCAUUUCCAGAAGAUUCUGUUGAGGCGGUGGGUCGGUUUGUCGGUGUAG